AUGGUUUUUUUACACCACGACGGUGGCAAUCAUGCAUACAGCCCGCCUGAUGGUACUGUCAACACGCUCAAGUCUCUUCAAAUCCAUGUACCGAAAGCAGUUCUGACAGGUCGAGACGCGAAUUUGCUGUGUACAUACGAAUUAGAAGGUGCCCAACUAUACUCUAUACGUUGGUAUAGAAAUAUGAUAGAGUUUUACCGAUAUGUUCCAAAAGAAUCGCCUGCUACGAAAGUCUUUCCAGUGGCUGAGAUUAAAGUUGACGUAGCGGCCUCAGAUCAAAACCGGGUGGUACUCACAGAAGUAGAUAGAACAUUGACGGGGGAAUAUCAGUGCGAAGUGUCGGCUGAUGCUCCUUUGUUUCAUACGGAUAUAAAAUCCGCGGAGAUGGUCGUAGUUGAACCACCGCUACUAAGUCCAAAUGUGACAUCAGAUCGAAUGACAUACAUUGGAGGGGAUCAUAUAAGGGCGAAUUGUACUUCACCUCCUUCUCUACCAGCCGCCAAUAUAACGUGGUUCGUCAACGAACAGAUGGUGCCGAGCUUUACUGCAAAUCAUGUGCUGAAUUUCAGCAACGGCUAUGCUUCUAGCCUGUCCACUUUAGAGUUAGAAGCAGCAGUUCUAUCACCAGUACCUACGCUGAUGAUAAGAUGCGAGGCAUCUAUAUACGACGUUUGGAAAGCAACAAGCCAUACAAUAGUUCUGCGAGAGCGCAGCGCUAACCCAGCCUCUGCUUUGGGUAGAAGUUUUACAGGAGGAGCAACAGAAACGUGCAUACCGACUAUACUGGUAGUUUUAUUACAAAUAUUUUUACAAUUUUUAUUAGGAAGUUACACGGAGACCUCAAUAAGA